CCUCGCACCACCAUCGGGAUGACGUCACGGUUCCCACACAACCGAGAGAUACGCACUGAGUUUUAAGACGAGGUGGUCGUUCAGUGCGGUAAAAAAGGACAAGAAAUUAGCAAUAUAGAUCACGCCAAAUAGUUUUGAAGAGGAGCUUGACUGUCUGUUGAUAAGGGAUAUCAUUUCUCUUAAGGUGUCUCUGUUGUCUAGCAGAUGAAUUUUGAGCAGCCUCCUCCGUACCAGGGCCCAGGCCCCACGGCCCCCAGUUACCCUGCGCAGGGCUAUCCUCAGCAGGGAUACCCUCCCCAGGGCUACCCCGUCAACAUGGAGCAGCCUGGUGGAUUCCCUCCUCAAAACCCGGCCUACCCCAACUACCCUGGUGGCCCAGGGGGCCCUCCUGGACCCUACCCUGGCCAGGGACAAGCAGGCCCCUACCAGGGGGCGUACCCAGGACAGCCUCAGUUUGGAUGGCAGGGAGGACCACCCCCAGGACCCAUGUAUGGAGAGGCACCCAAAAACACAGUGUACGUGGUGGAGGAGAGGAGAAGAGAUGAUUCAGGCGACACGUGUCUGACUGCCUGUUGGACGGCUCUCUGCUGCUGCUGCUUGUGGGACAUGCUCACAUAACGUCUGACCCCUGACAUUUACCUUUGACCCUUACCUGCUCUGACCCUUACCAUUGGCCUCCUAACCCUUAACGCAAAGUCCCUUUCAUCUUAACCUAACCUUUGACCCCUGAGUCUAAACCACUGACCCAGUCUCACCUAACACACUAUCCCUCCAUCUGCCCUUACCACCUUAAUCCUUCUCUCUCUCCUUAACCUUUGCACUCCUGCUGUCCAGCCCCAACCCCCGUCCAGCUCCUGCUGUCCAGCCCCAACCCCCUGUCCAGCCCCAACCCCCUCCUGACCAAUGGUAGCAUUAUAUGAUAACCUCUAUCUUUUUGUGCUCCCACACCUGACCUAAGCCCCUCCCAGGGCUGUGCUCUGCCCUGUAGCCGGUGUAGGUUCUCUAAAUCUCAGGCGCUGUACUGUAGAUAAUGCUUCUUGUGGAACACAAACUCCUGCUCAAAGACGACACACAGAAUAUGCACUCAGAUCUCAGGCGUUCUGCUGUAGAUGACACACAUGCACGAACGAACACACACACAUGCCUACACGCUCUCUCUCCUGGGCACUUUAACCUCUUACCUCUGCAAGGUACUUCUCCUGCCUCCCUCCAUCCCUCCUCUCGAACAAACCUCUAGUCAAACCACCCCUUAUUCCCUACACCAUAAAUCCUAAAACACCAUAUCAAAUGACCCUCUAUCUACGCCAUAUCAGUCAUGGCUACCUAGACCAAUGGAAGCCAGUAAGCUACAGUGUCCCCCACCCCCUGUCAACCCCCCACUGUACGAUGCUGAACUUUGAACCAACCUCUCUGUUAUGUUUGCACAACAGCUGCUGUUGUGCAAACAGCUACUGCCUGUUUUUCUUAGGAUGAAUCCCAUGACAACAAAUUGAAUGCAUUUUGAAAGACCAUGACAAUGAAAAUGUCAUGUUUAAUUUCAUGUAAUAUUGUUCCUAUGCUUGCAACAUUUUUUCCUGUUUGAAUUUUUUAAUCCUGAAUGAAUAUGAUUUGAUUGCUAUUUUCUUUUUAAUACCCUCAUUCCUUGAAGGAGAGAACAUGAAACAUUUUUUAAAUGGUGAAUGUUUAUGUAGAUGACUUUGCCUUACAUGAGAAUCUUGCGUUAAGAAUAAAUUAUUCCCAAAACAGUCAA